UUUAACCCUUUCAUACAGAUGGCAAAGCUGUGGCACCUCAUGCUCCUGUGCUGGGCCUGGAGUCCUCUGUGUCUGCCGGCCACUGUGAGCUUCACUGGUACACCACAGGAGUGUCAAAAGGCUCACUUUGUCCCUGGUUACAAUCUGGGUGGAGAAGGCUUCGACAUCGUCACGAUGGAGAGGAAAGGUGCCUAUAUCAUUGACACUGAAACAUGGAAACUUGGAAGCAAUGGCUCUUGCAGGCUGUACAGAAACAGCUACAUGAAUAGCAAGCAACAGAAGGUCCCAGUUGCUAUAGUGGACUGGAGAGUCCUCCCGAAGUGCAGUUUAAAGGUCUCCGGUCUACUGUAUGAUUCGGUCGAACAUCUUGUCAAUGAUUCCACAUCAUCCGUGUCCAAUGAUUGGGAAAUCGGCCUCGAUAUCCCUGUAAGUCCCUCUGUCACUGUUGGGGUAGGAUUUGGAGGUUCCCACUCCAAAGAGUCUACCUUCGGCAUGCAAAAAUCAAAACAAGACCGCUACACCUUCUCUCGCCAUUCUGUCCGCUGUACAUUCUACAGCUACAGAGUGGCAACAAAACCUCAACUGAGUCACGAGUUUGAAUCAGCUGUGAACUCCCUUCCUUCAUAUUCAUGUAAGACUGCACAAUUGUAUCGCAGUAUGAUCGACACAUAUGGCACACAUUUCAUCACAAGGGUGUCUCUUGGAGGGCAAAUGAAGGCAAUCACUUCAAUCAAGACCUGUCAGGCAACCAUGAAUGGCCUGUCAGCAACAGAAGUCAGUGAUUGUUUGUCAGUCGAGGCCUCAGUUAGCUUUGCAGGUUCUGCCAGCAUUAAGGCCAUGUACAAACACUGUCAGGAAAAGAAGAAGAAGUUAGGCUCAAACAGAAGUUUUAGCAGCACGUUUAAUGAGCGUAACACAGAGAUCAUUGGUGGAAAUAUCAAUGGUGCUGAUAUCCUCUUUGAAGGGCAAUCAGACCGCUCCAUCUAUAAAAACUGGGUCAACUCACUGAUAACCUCACCUGAUGUUGUCCAAUACAACAUCAAGCCCCUGCACACAGUACUGCCAGGUGGUCAUCGUGCCAGUGCCGGACUGAAGAAGGAGGUGGAGAAGUACAUCAAGAAAAAUGCAGUGCUGAAAAAAUGCUCAGAAAGCUGUACGAUUGGGCAAAGAUCCAGCAGAAGGGAUCCUUGUGCUUGUGUUUGCAACAGUAAUCAGAAUAUCAAGUCUAACUGCUGUCCUGCUGGUAAAGGUCUCGCAACAUUAAGAGUCUUCAAGCUUUAUGCAAAGGGUCUGUAUGGUGAUAGGUGGACUCAGACAGAUGGUUCAGUUGAGGUUAGAUAUGGUGACCAGAUAAAGCGCACUGCCAUUAUAGCAAACAAUGACAAUCCAAGAUGGUCAGAGACAUUUCAGUUUGGACAAAUAACCAUCAGCAUGAAAGACAAACUUACAUUCACUGUUUAUGAUGAGGAUACCUACUGGGACAGUGAUCUGCUUGGCAAGUGUACAUUUGAUCUGCGUAGAGGGAAUGUGACAGACAGUUGUAUGUUGAACCACGGUACCUUCUUCUUCUCCUAUGAAGUGAAGUGUGCGCCAAGUCUUGGUGGCAACCAGUGUCAAGAGUACAUACCAACCCCCAUGAGCCCCUCUCUGGCCAAGGUCUUCCACACCAGAAAUGGGGUCCUUCUUGGAGAAACUAACGAGCAAUGUGAUGAACCAGUCAGUCAGUCAGGAUGAGCCCAGAUAGAGAUAUGAAAUGGAAGACAGUUAAGACAAGACAUUAAACUUAAUGAGGGAUACUUUGCCAGUAGAUGAUAAUGCUUGCAAUCUUGCUGCCAUAUUUGUUUAACUUUCAUAUGGAUUUAUGAUUUCCUUUCCAGACAUUUCUCAAAUUUAAUUAGAAUUAUGUUUGUAAACUUUCAUAGUGCAGGUUUUAUGUUUUUCUACUUUGUAACAUGUAUGUUAUUACAUUUGCCAGUAAAGCAUUCACAGAAACAGCACAGGUGUCUGACUAUAUGUUAUCAAACUGUUGUUUGAUGAAAGUCCUUUUUAUUUUUUCAGUUAUAUGUAACACAUGUAAACAUUUGAGUGUACUUAAGUGAGAGAGAACACCACAGAUAUUACUCUAAAUGACUUCAGCUGUAUUCAUGACGAAUGAUGACUCUUGUGAUGUUAUCAACAAACAAGUUGUAUAAUCUCAGACAAAAGUAGUGAGCAAGACAAGAAGGUGAGACAACUGAAAGCUAGUCUACCUGCUCUCCAAAGCCAAAUUUAUUGAACCAACCACUCAGAAAAUGUGAGAUGCAAAAUGGCUCAACUUAUAACCCAGCAAGGAUAACCAUUUGCAGAUAAUUACAGUGAUUCACUGGAGCAGAACAGCAGUUUACACUUACUUAUCUCUCACCUUUUUCAAAACAGUAUGAGGACCCCAGAGAGAUGCAUGAAAGCCCAG